AUGGCUUUUACUACUGAGGUCCUCAAUCCUCUAAGGCUGGUGAGAUCCCCUCUUUCAUACGAGGACGAUGAAGAAAGAUCGCUAGAGGACUGGGGUUUGUUGGAUGCGGAAGCAAGUGUCGUUUGUAAAGUCACGGAUGAUUCUCCAGAAUGGAUCAAGAGAAACAGAGGAGCCCAAGACUCUUAUGGCCGGUCAAUUCUGAAGGCCAUUGGAGCUUCUUUCAACCCUAGGAGCACUGUCGAACUAGAGCUAGAGACAACCGUGGAUGAUUUUGUGCAAGACACGAGGAUUUACGAACAUCUUCUUUUCCGCCACGCAGCAUAUACGACGGCUAGUCAGGUGUCUUUUAUGAAGGACGGGGUUCAUACCGAUGAGUCUUUGCUGCAUGCAAUGGAGAUGAACGGUGUAGAGGCCGAUGAGGAUGAUACCAUCGUGGACGGGCAUCUGGUGAAAGCUGUCUGGCUUGACCCUUCCAUGUUUGAUGCUUUAACUGGAAAGCCGCCUAGAGGGCGGGAGUACUAUUCUAAAAGGUUCUUGGAAUAUAGGGAUUCGAUCAAGGAAGGUCUUGCGACGAUGCGGAGAGAAUUCGAACAAAGGAGCGAGGAGGUAGAUGGUUUUGUCACGACCGAAGCGAGGGAAUGGGGGACAUGGACCCAAUGA